GCGGCUUGGGAGCAGACUGGAGGAAUAUACACUACCCUCCCCGUACCACGUCGUCCAAAUUGACUAAUUGAGUGGUGGUGCGCAGGGGUAUGCCUUUCAUCCUAUAAGAGAGCAGGAAGAUGCAGUCCAUCAUGCCUGUCAGCACCGCUCUUGAUUUUGAGCGUCGCCGACGGGAUUUCCCACUCAAUGUGCCCUAAGCCCUCAGUCCUUGCCUAUGCUAUGGCUCUAAUUCCUGUCCACGAACUGUCUUACUUGUUUCUCCGGCUCUGCUCCUCAACCAGCACCAAUACCGGAUCACGUGACAUUGUUGAUUUUCGCGAUGAUUCAUCAUGGUCAGGUGGUAUCACGUGUAAGAGGGCAAAGCACCCUGGUCGACAAUAUACAACAAUAGAAUCCGCUUGAGACAUAAUAUGAGCUGAAGGGAUCAUCGCUAAUCAAGAUUUUCAAGUCUGAUUGCUACCUUGCCCUGGGAAAUGGCU